GUAUAUUAUGUACAUUUGUAUACUAAAUGUGUUGUAUGACUCUUAGUAUACAAAACAACACAAAAAACUUUAUCAAAAAAAAAAAAAAAGCUCCCAGACCCGACUCCCGAGGAAACCUAAGCUUCUUCUUGCUAUGGCCUUCGUGGCCGCCGGCGAGGACCCUCCCUUGCCAGAACCCCCUGACCCGCCUGAUCCUCCCUCCAUCUUCGCCCAAACCUUCAUACCCGAUCCACCUUCUACUUCUUCUCUCUUUCCACCUUCAUCGAGUCUAGAUCUAGAUCUAUGUUCUACCGUUUCUUCCUAUGGUGUUACUCCUUUCGUUUUUUUGCGAUUCUUUACUGCUGUGUGCAGUCCCUUCUAUCAGAUCUGUACCCGUUCCGUGUCUUUGCGGUUCUUUACUGCUCUAUGCAGUCCAUGGAAACUAGCCUAUUCCCAGAUCUUGGGAUAUCCUCUCGUUUCAAGUGGAUAUGUUUCACAGGCCAUAACCUUUGAUGUCCACGCUGCCCCUCCUACCUCAACUCAGAGAGCCUCUCCUACUCGUUCCAUGGCCCAGACACGACAACGGUUUGUUACUUCUGUAAGAUGGUUUUGAAAAGAAACUAAUUAAUACACCUCGCCUGAUGAAUCUGGUUUUAUCGGGUAUUUGGUACCCUAGUAGCUUCUUAUCGGAGCUAGUUAUCUUCCCAAAGUUCCCUCCUCAGUGGAGUGGUUUGGAUGUCCAAGAGUCGUCGGUAUUGCAAGGAUCUUCCUCCCGAUUGAUGUUCUUCUCUGCAUUUGAUGCAGUUCUUGUAACCUCUUGUGUUACGUUGGAUACAGUCUUCCAAGAAUCUAGCCAGAUCGUUCUUAUUGUUCGUUUUGCCUUAUGUUAUUCUUAUGACUUCUGUUGCAUAUCUAUCUAUCCUUUAACCAUUGUUAUAUGGUCUGUUUUGGCUUCUGUUGUUGUGUUUUAUGUAGUUUUCUUCAUGUUGGUUGUAAUUCCUCUUUCUGAGGCUCCUAAAAUUUAGUGAAAACAACUAUUGGUUUGAAAAAAAAAAAAAAAAAAGAAUCUUAAUUUUUUUUUUAUAUAUAGUUAAACUCCUAGCCUAAAACUAAAACACAGUUGAUGACUAAUUGGUGGAGAACCAUUAAAAAAAAAAAAAAAAGACAGAGUAGACUAACGAAACCACACCUUUACAUUUUUCUAUUUAUCUCACCUUCCUAAAUAAAAAAUAUUUAUUUUA